AUGGAUCUCUCAGAAGCUGGACUGCAGCUUAAUCGCGAAAGGAUGAGCCGAGGGGAACUCUAUUACGCAUUCACCCCCGAUCUCAUCGCCGCACGAGCUCGUUGCGUACGGGCGUGUCGCCGAUUCAAUGCAGCGGAGGAUGUCUCUCGCCGGCGUCUGGUAGAACUAUGGAAAGACAUCAUUCAGGAUACUACACCUUUGCCUCCCCCAAAGGACGACCCAACGGAGGAUGAAGCCCAGCUGCGGCGGGAGCCCUGGGUUGACGGCCCCAUUCGUAUGGACUACGGGUAUAACGUGCGGGUCGGGGAAGGCACGUACAUCAAUUCCAACUGUGUCAUCAUUGAUACCUGUAAGGUGAAUAUUGGGGCUCGGGUGCUCUUCGGCCCCAAUGUACACCUGUACAGCGGGACGCACCCCGUGGACCCUCACAUCCGCAACGGCUUCGAGGGCCCGGAGACAGGCAAGGAAAUCAACAUCGGGGAUGAUUGUUGGAUUGCGGGGAACGUGACCAUCUUGCCUGGAGUGACGGUCGGGAAUGGGUCUACGGUUGGGGCGGGAAGUGUAGUCACAAAGGAUGUCCCUCCGUAUCAUGUUGUUGCGGGUAACCCGGCCAAGAUUAUCCGGAAGAUUGAGACUUCAACGAGCUCGUGA